AACCGAUUCUAUCCAAGAUCCAGUCCCCCUUUCUCCUUCCUUCCUUCCUCGAGCCUCAUUUCCCCCCCAAUCUUCUUCCCAAAAGCAGCUCCAUCCAAACCCAAUCAAGCCCCACUCCCCACCAACCCCCUUCCCUCAAUUAUAAGCCUACAACUACUGCUGAUUGCUUCAGACUGAUCCAAGAAAGGGAAGUUUGGUUGUGGUGCAGAGAGGUGCAGAAGGGGGAGGGAGGGCUCUGAAUUUUCAAGAAAGGGACCAUCUUUCUGCUGCUGCUGCUGUCCGGGUUGGUGCUUGUUGAAUUUGAGGCUAAAGAAGUCGGAAUUGGAGGUUUUGUAAGAGGGAAACAAUGGCUGGCAAGGAAAUCUACCACAAGAUGAAGGACAAGGUGAAAGAUGCUUUUAGUUCGUCAGGACCAGAAACAGGGAAAGGAAAAACAAAAUUGUCAGGCAAGCGUGUCAAGCAUGGUUACCAUCUUGUGAAGGGAAAAUCAAAUCAUCCGAUGGAGGACUAUCUAGUGGCAGAGUACAGGCAAGAAGGAGAGCAUGAUCUGGGGCUGUUUGCAAUAUUUGAUGGGCAUUUGGGCCACACUGUUCCAGACUUCCUGCGCUCACAUCUCUUUGAUAAUAUCUUAAAGCAGCCAGAAUUCUUGAGCAACCCACAAGCUGCAAUUCGAAAUGCAUAUCAACUUACGGAUGCAAAAAUAUUGGAAAGCGCAGCUGAGUUGGGCAGAGGAGGCUCCACUGCUGUUACUGCCAUAUUAAUAAGCAGUGAAAAUUCUGUGAACCUAGUAGUUGCAAAUGUUGGAGAUUCACGAGCAGUUAUUAGCAAGAGUGGUGUAGCAAAACAGCUUUCGGUUGAUCAUGAACCAAACAAGGAGCGGCAUUCAAUCGAGAAAAAAGGUGGCUUUGUUUCAAACUUACCAGGAGAUGUACCGCGUGUUGAUGGUCAGCUUGCGGUUGCAAGGGCAUUUGGAGACCGGAGCCUAAAGAAGCACCUCAGCUCAGAGCCAGAUGUGGUGGAGGAACCUAUAGACGAGAAUACUGAUUUUCUAAUUCUUGCAAGUGAUGGAUUAUGGAAGGUGAUGUCCAACCAAGAGGCGGUGGAUGAAAUCAAGGACUUCAAGGAUGCUCAGGCAGCUGCGAAGCAUCUGACGGAGCAGGCCGUGAACCGGAAAAGCAAAGACGACAUCUCCUGCAUCGUUGUAAAAUUCCUCUGCUAGCAGAAACAGAGUCUCAUACAAGUGUACAAUUGCUACCAUCUGAUGGUUUCAGUGUUGUUACUUUUGUUGAAUAUUCUGGUUAGUCUUGUCGAACAUUGCCGAUUGUUGAAUGCCCCAAUGGGACAUGUUCAUAUAUUAUCCCUACAAUUCCAGUGGAUGGUUCAUUAA